AAACGAACGAGCGCGCGAGCAAUCUCGGUUCGCGUGCGCGGCUUGCCAAGGAAGGAAAGGGUCGGGGCGAAGGAAGCUGCAACGGUCGCCCGCCUUUCCCAGUCCCCGCCGUGCCACGAGCUUUCCCGCCUCCGCCUUGCGAUUUCCAAGCCCUCCCUCUUCACACCCACCCCUGUCGCCAAUAGCAGCAGUGGCCAGUAGGGGGGAGACUGGGAUCUGGGAACGGGAGGGCGUUAUAAUUGGUCGGCGCGGCGGACGUGCCGGCCGCGCACGCAUCCGGACCGGGUGCGGUAGCCAGUAGGCGCCGUUCCGCCGCCGCCGCCCCUUCGCCCGACGUCACUCGCCGGCGCGGACCCCGCGCGCCACUAUGGCGAGGUCAUGGCUGAUAACAUGUAGGGGAAUUGCUAAGAAAAUAAGAUAUGCAAAUCCUAGCGCUAAUCGCCAAAUAAGCCAACUGAUUGCAGAAGCACGGAGGGAAUGCCCAAACUGCAGUUAUGUUAUUGAUAACAGCGAUGUUGCCAUGCAGUGGCCUGGGCUGCCUGCUGGAGUCAAGUUUGAUCCUUCUGAAUUGGAGUUGCUUCAACAUUUAGAACAAAAGGUUGGCCUGGGAGAUUCAAGACCACAUGUGCUCAUUGAUGAAUUUAUUCCAACUAUAGACAAUGAUGAGGGAAUCUGCUAUUCGCAUCCUGAAAAUCUUCCUGGUAUGAAAACAGAUGGUAGCAAUGCUCAUUUCUUCCAUAGAGUUUCAAAAGCGUAUGGUUAUGGCCAGCGCAAGCGUCGAAGGAUUAUCAACUGCAGCGAUCACACUGUUCCUGAUGAUCGUGUGAGAUGGCACAAGACUGGAAGAUCCAAAGCCAUAUAUGACAAUGGCGUUAUAAAAGGUUGGAAGAAGAUAAUGGUGCUGCACAAAACUUUGCGAAGUGGUGGUAAGCGGGAGAGAGCUAAAUGGGUAAUGCAUCAGUAUCACCUUGGAAAAGAGGAAGAUGAAAAGGACGGGGAGCUUGUAGUAUCUAAAAUCUUCUUCCAGUUGGCAAAUAAGAGUAUGGAAAUUUCUGAAACAGAAACUGCUUGUGAAGAACCUGAAGCACCUGCUUCAGUGAUUGGUCCGAAAACUCCAAAGACAAUCACACCGCAGCCACGUCAUCCUAAAAGUAGUCCAUGUGAAACUCAGCAGAAUAUUUCCAUUGUGCAGGAUCAGCUACUACUGGACAGCGAAGGCGAGCCUACCAUGCCUAUUGUUAGUCUGGAGGAUGAUGCUAUGAACCCUGCAUGGUGUGCUGUAGCUGAAGAACGGCAGGUUGUUGGAGAGGCAUCUCGGGCUCAGUCGAACUCAGUUGAAACUCUUCUUUGUCGUGAAGACCCAAAUUCCUUAAACUACGAAGCAUUGCUUCCCUGGGACUAUCCGAUUCUGUCCCAAUGCAGGAAUGAGAUGCUUGAUGGGAACCUGAAUGGAUAUGGGUUGCCUGAUCACCAUAAUGUGGAUCUUGGAACGCCUCCAGAUCUUCAGCUUGCUGACUUUCAGUUUGGUUCUCAGGAAAGCCUUGGCAGCUGGCUGGAUCGCAUCUAGGAAGAUAACUAGUGUGAACUGUUUGCUCGAACAGCCUGAUCGAUGGGCUUCUUUUUGCACAGGAUAUGGUAACCGGUGGUGGCUAUUUUGGGACUUACACAACACAAAGAUUGCAUGCUUGCAUUAGUAUUGUAUUUGUGUUGCGCUGUCAAACAUCAUCUGGAAACCAAGAACCUUUCGCCCUUUUCUAUUUUCUUUAGAAGAAAUGAACAACCUUUAACAGCUGGCUACUAGACUUGAAGUUUAGUUGUAUGUUUGGCACGGUUGGUGCAACCCUGCAUUGCCCCGUUGUAUAUACGGUCCGUGCCUUCAAAUCUUUUGCAUUGA